AGUGUUCACACCUGGAAAGCUCAAGAAAGUUCCAUAAUUACGUCCCACCCACAGUAUAACUUUAAGUUCUGGACAGCUUUAACGUCGUUGCACACAACAAUUUAUAAGAGAAAAGCAGUUGUACUUACAGAGCCUAUUCAAUUAAGAAGAGCUCUGCAUUGCACCAAUUUCUAAACCUCCAUACAUUGUUUCUGCAUCGCCCCUUAUGCCAGUCUUCUAGACCCUGGAGCUCAUUCUCCCAUAAUUUUGUCUGCGUGGCCAUACUUGUCCUUAUCUUCCCGGUUCAAUUGAUCUGCGUUCGCCCUGUCCCCAAUCACUCAGCAAUUCUUCAAUUCCUCAGGUAUGUUAUUCUAUUCUCUAUUCAUUUAUUAUUUUAGUGAAGAGCAAGCAGUCCAUUACACCAUAUUCUAAUGCGACGGCGUGCCGUAGAAUUCCUAGCCGAUUUUAACCUCAACCUUGUCAUUCUACAAUCGUUAUAUUCACCAUCCCUACUAUGUCUGCUGUCGAUACUGCCGUGCCAAAUGGCCACUCCGAAGCCAAUGGCAAUGGCCCUGAAUUGAGCCAGGCUCAAAAGCUUAUGCAAAAGCAUGACCAAGAACACCAGCCCACCAUUGAGGAUAUUCCCGAUGAAGAAGACUUGAAACAUGGUGAACAACCUUCCUCUGCUAGCAUCCUCGAGGAUGCCAAUGGUGAUUCCGCUGCUCCGGGAUGGGUUCCCCCUAUGUCUACAAAAGCUGCAGGAAAACAGAAGGAGGAUGUCCGCAAGGAACCGUCAAUCGAUACACAAUCCCACGAGUUAUUUCCAGCUCUCGGAGCCACUUCCCAGCCCAAGCCUCAAGCUCAAGGGAUCUGGGGCGGCGGAAAAGCCUCAGCCAAUGCCAAUGGAACUCCGGCAAAUGGUGCAUCCCCAGCUUCUACUACCAACUCAGGCGCCGCAACUCCAAUGUCUUCAGUCAACCGACCAAAGGUCACUCAGCCAGGCCAACAGCCCCAUGAGAGAAUCGAGUUAGCCCAAGAUCAAAUUCUCAAGCGGGGAGAGUUGAAGAAACCUUUGCCUGAAAUUUUGAGAGAGAUCAACAAAAAGUAUAGGUCUAAUAUCACUCAAUCAACUGGUAUGGGAGGGAAGAUGACUUUCACGGCGUAUGGUCCUCCGUCAGCUGCUCGAACUGGUAUUAAGGCCUUGAUGGAACAAAUUGGUGCCAAGGUAAGUUAAAUUCCACUUCUUUUUACCAUUCUCUAACAAUCAUUAGCAAGAAAUUCGUGUAUCCAUCCCCAGCAAAGCACGAGCCUUUAUCAUCGGGAAACAAGGUUUAAAGAUCAAGGAAUUGCAAGAAGCUACCGGUGCUAGAAUUCAAAUUCCCAAGGAUGAUAAGGCUAGCGCUGCCGACGAUGACGAAGAUGCUACAGUAGAUGUCACAGUCGUGGGCAAUGCUGUUGCUGUCGCAGAAGCUAAGAAGGCAAUCGAGAAAAUUGUGGGAGAAAAAGUAGGCACAACCAAGACAAAAUUGCGUGGUAUUCCAUCCGAAUUCUACACCUUCCUUGCUGGUCCUCAUAACACUCAUGCCAACUCCUUGAGAAACACUCACAACUUGUCCGAGUUGGAAAUCCCGUAUAACUACACCUUGCCAAGCACUGCUCGCGAUCGUGAAGGUCCACUUUUCGUUCCAGCAGCAGCCGAUAACUGUAUCACUCUCAAUGGUGAACGUGCUGCCGUCCUAGCAGCACGCGCUGAAAUUGAACGUCGGGCCAAGCAGUUGCACGAGGAGCUAACCCGUCAAGAACUGCAAGGAAUAAACAAGGGCCGUCAUCAAUUUAUUCUUGGUGAUCAAGGUAACCCAGGGCAGGACUUUUUUGCCAAAACUGGAUGUGCCAUAUUUUUACCAAGCGAAGCUGAUGAAGACGAUGCUAUUACAAUUGUUGGCCCUUCAGAGAAGAUCAAGGAUGCUGUGCGGGAAGCCAGAAAGCAAGCAAUGGCUACGCAAACUGUCAACAUUGACAUCCAUAAACAACUCAAAAAGUCAUCGGGAAACACUAGUCAGCACGCGCAGAAUCUCGCACGAUACUUACGCCAGCGAAGCGAGAUUGAGAGACUCGAAAAGCUUCAUAAUGCUCGUAUCUUCACUCCAACACAAGCCGAUGUUACCUCACCAUGGGAGGUCUACUCUCGGGAUCAAGAUAGUCUGUUUGAAGUACAGGAACAGCUGAUCAGCAUGAUUGAUGCUCACCCUCUUUCACGCAUGGCAAACAUUCCUGUGGACUCCUUCUAUCAUAAACAUCUUGGACAAGAUAUUUCCCCAAGAGUCAAGAGAGAUUAUGGCGUGCACAUAGUAUUGCCAGAUGGCCCCAACGGUGAUGUACUGCUUGUUUUCGAAGGACUUGCUGGUAGGGAGCCGGAAUAUAGCAUACCCCGCACCCAGCCCUCGAGAAAUGAUAUUGCAGAAUUCCAACGUGGUUUGGAAGAGGCCCGCAAACACAUUCUUGAUGUUAUCGGUUCUCAGGCAGAAAUCAUCAGCGAAUCCAUUGACGUGCCAAGAAUGUAGGUCUUUCUUGAUGACAUUUAUUUACUUCCAAUGCUGACCAUCAUAGCUACCACGACAAGCUCAGGAAAUUCAUAUUUGCGGAGAAUAAGGCCUUCCAGAUUCCUGCUCGUGUUAGUGCAAAUGGAACUGUCGUUACACUCCAAGGGCCUAGACCUACUGUGGAAAAGUUGGCUGUCAAGGUCAAAGAUUUUGUUGCACAAGCGAUUGAGGAGGAAAAAGAACGUGGUUACACACUUACUUUUGAUUUCCCUCAGAAGCAUGCAAACCAGCUCAUUGGUAAGGGAGGCGCAUUUGUGAACGAGUUGCGUGAAAAGUUCGAUGUCGACAUCCAACUCAAGGAUGGUCAAGUUGAAGUUAAGGGGCCCAAGGCCAAAGCGGAUGCUGCCAAAUCGCACAUUUCGUCACUUGGCAGGCAAUGGGCUGAUGAAACAACCUAUACUCUGAAGAUUGAUCCUAAAUAUCACCCUGAGCUCAUUGGUGCCAAGGGUACUCAGAUCAACAGAUUGCAAACUCGUUACAAGGUCCAAAUUCACUUCCCACGCACGGGUCGACCUACGGAUGAUGACCAUACAGGAAGCGAUGCUGGUCAACAAAGUGCUCGACGUCAGCAAGCCCCAGAUGAAGUUACCAUAAAGGGACCUAGGAAGGGGGCUGAUGAAGCCAGAGAUGAAAUCCUUUCUCUAUUCCAAUAUCUACAAGAUAACUCACACGGUGCUACUGUCAGUGUUCAGCAAAGCCAAAUUCCUUCCCUUAUCGGUCAACGUGGAGCUGGUAUGGAAGAACUGAGACAAUUGACUGGAGCCAAGAUUGAUGUUCCAAACUCUCGGGACAGUGCUGAUGAAUCAGGACGAGUUGAGAUCCAAAUCAAGGGGACAGCAUCUCAGGUGGCAAAGGCAAAGAAAUUGAUCGAGGAAAAGAAGAGUGUUUUUGAUUCGACAGUAACCGAGUCUUUGGAUGUUGAUAAGAAGCACCAUAGAGCUUUGAUCGGUGCUGGGGGCGCAAACAUUCAUGCCAUCAUUGUUAAUGCUGGAGGAUCUGGUGACCGUCGAGAACUCGCUCGUGUUGUGCAAUUCCCCAAGGCCGAGUCUGAUGGUAAUGCUAUCAAAAUUGAAGGUAAUCGACAACUUGUUGAUAACAUUGUCGCUGCCAUUCAAAAGAUUGUUGUGGAACGAGAGAGCCAAAUCACGGAAACUGUGGAUGUUCCAACCGAUAAGCACCGCCCUUUGAUCGGCGCUGGCGGUGAGACGAAGAAGGGUAUGGAGAAGAAAUUCAAGGUCUCAAUUGAUAUCCCUAGACAGGGUAGUGGUCAAACCGGUAUCACCGUCACUGGUCUUCCAGCUGAUGUUGAAAAGGCAAAGGCUCACAUUCUUGAAGUUGUUAAAGGCCAGGAAGGUGAAACCGUCCAAGUUCCUCGUAAGCUUCACAACGAUAUUUCGAACAAUGGUCAAUUUUUCAGAAAAUUACGAAAUGAUCUUCAAGUCACAGUUGAUCAUGCAGGAGCCAAGAUGCCAGCAAGAGCCGCACCACCUUCCAGUGCCGGUGCAAAGGAUGCUUUGAUCACCGAUGAAAAGGAUACAUCCGAUGAUGUUGAGGAAUGGUUCGUCUUCAACAAGUCUGAUUCUGGAGAGACUGGUGAUAUUCCAUGGGUUUUACGUGGCUCCACCGAAAACAUUGCGCAAGCCAAGUCUCUCUUGGCACAAGCCAUUGAACAAGCAUCAAAGAACAACUUUGUUGGACACCUUACCCUCGUUGAUCCUAGCUUGUAUGGAUCAAUUGUUGGCAAAAAUGGUAGCAAGGUCAACAGCAUUCGAAAGGCUACGGGCUGUAACAUCACUGUUCCUCGCGGACAGGGAACUGAUCCAAUUGAGGUUGUGGGUAGUGAGGAGGGUAUUGAAAAGGCAAAGGAAUUGAUACUUCAAGCUGUUGCCGAGGGGAAGAAUAAACCUGCUCGCGGAGGCGAUAGAUAUUAAUUGCAUAGUGAGCGAAGGAUAGAUGAGAUGGUGUUGGGGGUUGAUGUGAUGAUCAAUGGUGAAGAUUUAUGGGAAUGGAUAUAGCCGAUACGUUUCAUUAUGGAGGAUUCAUGAGCGAAAGACAUUUUAUCAUACUGCAUGCAGAACUUAUCUUUCUUUCCUGGGUUGUACAUUCUGGGGAUGUGGUGGGAAUAGCCAGGUUGACAUAUAGGUACCGUGUCAUAAAAAGAUAUUGGCGGGAAAAUUAUAGGAGUUAGCGU